GGGGCUGAGCUGAUCCCACGUGUGACGCUUUCAUUCCCGGCUCAGUAAUAUUCUCAUAGCGGGGCUUUGCAUAUCUCCUGCCGUAUCUGUGUGUGUCUGUCACUGUUACUGUAGUCCCAGCCUAUAGUUUGGAAUAGAUAUGGAAGGAGACGGGAGUCAAGCCACAUCCGGAAGCCUAAAUGAUUCACAACAUGACCCGGGUAAAAUGUUUAUCGGUGGCCUCAGCUGGCAAACCUCACCAGACAGCCUUAGAGACUAUUUUAGUAAAUUCGGAGAAAUAAGAGAAUGUAUGGUGAUGAGAGACCCCACGACAAAACGCUCAAGAGGAUUUGGGUUUGUUACGUUUACAGAUGCUGCCAGUGUAGAUAAAGUCUUAGCUCAACAGCACCAUGAAUUAGACUCAAAGACGAUUGAUCCUAAGGUUGCCUUUCCCCGUCGCGCCCAGCCUAAGAUGGUCACAAGAACAAAGAAAAUAUUUGUGGGUGGCUUGUCAGCCAAUACAGUAGUGGAAGAUGUGAAGCAGUAUUUUGAACAGUUUGGGAAGGUUGAUGAUGCCAUGCUUAUGUUUGAUAAGACUACUAACAGACAUAGAGGAUUUGGUUUCAUAACUUUUGAGAGUGAAGACAUCGUAGAGAAAGUCUGUGAAAUUCAUUUUCAUGAAAUCAAUAACAAAAUGGUAGAAUGUAAGAAGGCCCAGCCCAAGGAGGUGAUGUUCCCACCAGGUACACGAGGGCGAGCCAGGGGUCUGCCCUACACCAUGGAUGCCUUCAUGCUGGGGAUGGGCAUGCUGAGUUACCCUAAUAUUGUGGCAACAUAUGGCCGCGGAUACACUGGAUUCGCACCCAGCUACAGCUACCAGUUCCCUGGCUUCCCAGCGACAGCAUAUGGACCGGUGGCGGCAGCGGCAGUAGCAGCAGCGCGUGGCUCAGGUAGGGGGGCCCGUGGAAGAGGCGGCUACUUGGCGUACCCACAGAGCACAGGGCCAGGCCUCCCCGAUUAUGGGUUUUACUCUGCGCCCAGUGACCAGAGGGGGGGGCCCUGCUCCUUUGCUGACUAUGGCUCCCUGGGGCCCCAAGCGGCUCAGAUGCUGCACAGUGAGCAUGCCACCUCCGCCUGCAACUCCCCCCUACAGCACCUACACAGCCCGGAUCAAUUUAAGAACCCAGGCACCAACCCGUCAAGGCCCGGAGGUUUCCCUGGUGCUAACAGUCCAGGGCCUGUGGCUGACCUGUAUGGACCUAGCAGCCAGGAUUCAGCUGUGGGCAACUACAUCAGUGCUGCUAGCCCUCAGCCUGGCUCUGGGUUUGGCCCCAGCAUCACAGGCCCGUUGAUUGCGACAGCUUUUACAAAUGGAUACCAUUGAACAGGUGGCCGGUUGCCAUCUCAUCAGAGCAGAGUAUAUCUGGUGGCCCAGGAAAGACAGGACGAAGUUUCUAAUUGGCUUUGUGUGCAGGUGAUGCUAAUCCAACUUCAAGCACUACAGCGUCACCCAGGCAAAAUGAACGAAAGUCGGAACCAUAUGAAGAAGAAAAGAAAACGUUAGUCAUCUCAGAAAAAUAACAACUGCUGUACUAUAAUCCAAACCUCCUAUAACUUUACAACCUGGUUUGGUAUGAUGUUUCACGUCGAGUUCAUUCACCUAUUUCUUUCCUCUGUUUUUGUUUUGAUUAGUUUUUAGCGAGUCAUUUUAGUUGAAUCUUAAUUUUGUGUCAUUUAAAUCUUUUUUUUCUCUCUCUCUUCUAGUAUUGUUGUGUAAAUGGAUUUUUUUUUCCCGUUUGAAGUAUGGGGGAAGGGGAGGGAGGGGGUUGAUAGCCAAGAAUAUCUGCAAGUCAUGUCUUCAUCUUUGUUAGUGUAAAGGAUUAAAAAAGGUCGGGAUGUUCCAUUUCAGUCUUUCCUGCCAAAAAAAAAGAAGCUCAAAGUGGGAAGACUUGGAGAAAAAAAAAAUCAAUUUUAAGGAAAAAUUUAAAGAAGGUAUCUAAGUAAUAAAUCUUAGUAGCUGUUUUAUUUCUUGUGAUGUCUCAUUGUUAACCAUAAUUACCUAUUUUUGGGCAAUACAAAGAGGACUCCAAUAUUUUUAUGGUCCUUUUUUAUAAGUGUUGUUUUUGUUGUUUAGAAAUAUAUAUAUAUGCUAUAACAAAUUUCAUAUAACUACAUUGUGAAUUCAAACUUGAGAAAAAGAAAUGUAGCUGUACAUAUUAUUCCAGUCACUGCAUAUAACCAACUCAGUGAGAGAAUAGCAUAUUUUUGUGAUGGUGUGUCAAAAGAACAUGUUAUAGCGUGUGAAUAGAAGAAAAAGCUGUAAACAGUUAUUAUUCUACUUUUUCUGCUGGAAGACGGUAUAACAAACCCCACAGACAAACAGAACACACUUGCUCUGUAAAUACUGAAGCUGAAUAAUUUUACAAGUGUCAUACCAGCAAAUUUACAACCAGUGAUUAAGUCAACACAGUUUUGAGAAGUAAUAAUAAUAAUAAUGGGGAAAAAAAAUAAAAAGAGCCUGAUUGGUAUCUUUUUUGUCUAACUGUUCAAGAUAUCCGUAUCAUUUCAAAGAGAAAGAGGAAGAAGAAAAAAAAGAUGAUUUAAUCCAAAGCACACUGUACUUAGAUGUGAAGAUUAGAACUUGAACCAGGCAUUUUCCAGUGCUCUGUGCAUCCUGACACUUUUAUACUCUUGAGAGGAACUUGUUAGCUGUACGUUAAUGUUUGUUUCAUCCUGUUUGUUCCUGAUUCAUUUCUUUUCGGAACACGAUACCUGGGCUCCGUGCUUGAGCCUUUUAUGUACUGCUUGUUCUCUGAAUCAGUUCUUUUUUGAAUGAAUUAGGAAAGUAAACAUUUUGAUACCAUACCUCAGCCUUUGUGAGCUCUAUUGGGGAAUCAUUGGCAGGUUUUAAUUUAUUCUAGUGGCAAAAACAAAUGAAAACACUGAAAGGUAAUUAAGCAAGUAAUCAUUGCACUGUGAGUAGUAAAGUACAGGCCAUUUUUUCCUAUUUGCACAUGUAUAUGUUGGCUUUUUAAAAACGGCCCUGUGCUUUGGGAUAGUAUGAAGGAUUUUGGGGGUUAAUGUAUUCUCGACUAGACAAACACUUCAGUGCUUUGAGGUGAAUUGACGGAUUGGGAAAUAGUAACUGAUACGUUGCAGUGUACACUUGGAUUUCUUUAUAUAUUUAGACCCAUCUGAGGAUAUUUAUACAGGGUCAAAAGAUGACACUGAAUUAUUCACUAUCUGUCGCUGCACCGAGUUUUACACAGUAUGUGUGAUUAAUGGUUUUCCUCAUGACAACGAUUUAAUAAUAAUAAUGAUAAUAAUAUGCUCCAGAGUGCAGUCUGGGUUUUAAAGUCAUCGAUGCCGCUGCAGAUGUUUUUUUGUUGUUGUUUUCAUUUUACCCACUUGUUGUCUGAUUUCUUUUUUUUUCUUUGAAUACAACCAGGUAAAGAAAUAUGCUGGAUACUUCUAAAGUAAAAAUGGCAUGGAGGUGUGAUCAAGUAAUAAUUUAAAGAGUAAAGAGAAAAAAAAAACCCUUGUACUGUUCAAAUGUAAAAGAAAAUACAAAACUAUAAAAAAAAGAAAGAUGCUUCUUUGCUGAUUUCAAGUUUAAUCAGAGUUUUAUUGAUACUUUGUGGUUUAUAUAUUAAUAAUUGUAAUAUACUAUUAAAAUGUACUGUGCAUCCAUUACUUUCUCUCUUUCCAUUCCCCAUCCUCAGAGAUCCUACUAUCUUUUGUUGAUCAUUCAUGUAUUUCAUUAGUGUGUAAAGAAAUCACAGUUAACUUGUAAACAGAGUGCUGUCUUUGAUACCAGUGUAGUGCUCUUUGUUGUUCUCCCUUUGCUCUACCUCUCCUUUCUCUCAUAUUUACCCCUCUCCCUCUCGCGCUCUUUUUCUAUCUCCUGUAAUUACAACGUAGAUGUUAUAUAGGACUCAUUAAUAUAAUACUUGUAGUGAAUAGUGGAUUUAGGACCAGUCAAGAUAGACCUUUCUCUCAAUGAUCAUGUUACUCUGAUAUUUGCAGACAAUUAUUUUGUUAGAGGUUCACUGUAAUUUAUUCCCUGUAUGUUUUAUUUUUAUUUUUUUGGUUCGGUUUUGCCACUCUCACAUGGUUUCAGCUAACCAAAGCUCUCAUGGAUGAACAAUGGAGAAAUAGUUGCUGUAAGAUGGAAUUGUAAACAAGGCAUUAUUUGGAUCCCCACCCUUGAAUGUUUUUAAAGGGGUGUGCCAUACUACCUUAAAUGCUAACGCUAGAUAUGCAAAACUUUUAUUUUGGAUUAUUUUUUAAGAGGGACACAAGCUCAAAUCAUGGAGAGGAAAAAAAAAAACAAGAUUUUAUGUAAAAAAAAAAAAAAAUUCAUAUUUUUUUAAGAAGCAUACCAGUGAUUUUACCACAGUAGUCAUAAUAUCAGUCACAGAGCUGCUGGAAGAAUCUCUUCUAUCUUUUAAUGUUUGUACACUUAGGAAAUAUCCCGUCCGCCUCUGGCUUGAUUAUUUUUAGUUAAUACUCUUUCUGAUCUCCCAUUUUUCUCUCAGAGCUGCUAAUGAUUAAAAAAAGAUUUUAAUCUUAGAUUGUGGGGAACUACUUUUUUCUUUUUUUUGCUAUAAUCUCUUAUCAAUGUCGCUCACACCACAGAGGCAUUACUGCACAAAGACUGCGGUUAAAGGAAUAUUAGCAGGUGUUAACGGAUGCCAAGUGUGUCCAGGCUGAUUAAUAGAUGGUUAAAUUCACAUCCUGAGCUGGACCCUGAAGCUGUGGCUUGAAAAGAUUCUAUUAAAACCUGAAUUUAAAUGCCUCCAAAUCCCAUGUCCGAGGCUGAACACAAUUCAGCUGUUUCGAGUGAAAACAAACCUAUUAGGAAGCCAGUUUUCAGUGUAAUUUCAAUUACAAGUAAUCUGUUUUUAUAUCAGUUAUUUAAUUCACUUCACCUCAUUGGAUCUUCAAAUUGAGUACUGUUAGCAUUACAUUACUGUUAAUAAAUGAGCAUUAGUGUAAUUAUUCGUCUCAACCAGUACAGUCUGUCAGAAUCCAUACAGCAUGCGGAGCACAUGGCAGCUUUGUCAGUGAUACACUAAAUAUUCUGAAGUGAAUCCAGUGAGCUGACAGGACAUUGUGCUACUGAAAAACAGGCAAGAAUGAGUAAUUGCAAAUGCGGAUAUCCGUAUGUUUAGCAAAUCAAAUAAUACUUGAACACAUUGAACAAUACAAGAGAAAUACAGUAUUUAAAGUCUAUGAAAAACAUGAAUUAAUAAUAUAGUAUUAAGUCUUUGCUCCCCACAUUUAUACAUUUUAGUGUAGGAAGUAGCUCAACAAUAAAUGUAACACAAAUCACUCAUUUAAGUGUACUUUAAUUUUUAUUCCGGCGGGAUUAAAGAAAGUGUUCCUCCUGUUCAUUUGCAGCGUUAUUCCUUGAAUUUAACUGACGAUAUUUUCUAUUGAAUACCAAACUCUGACACAAACUGAUACAAGAAGCUCAUUAGGAGCUGUAGUCAAUUCCAAUUUAGUUGCCCUUUCAUCUAAAAAACAUGCAACAGUGCAACAAGAAUAAAAUAUAUUGUUUGGCUUUUUGUUAGAUUAUAAUUAACCAUUUUUCAGAAAAAAAAAAACAAACGAAGAAGAUGCUUGAAAUGAAACCAUUUUCCCUCACACAGUAUAAAGAAUUGAUUCCUGUAUUGUUUUGUGAUCCUGUAGCUUGGACUUUAAGGUAGCAUGGCUCUGUUGCUGUAAUUUCAUUUUAUCUCAAAACUGACAGCAGUUUACAGCUGAUGAAUGUUACACAUCUUAGUAGACUAGCUUAUCCAUUUGGGGAGAGGGGAGGGGUCUUGGUUUAAGAAAAAAAAAUAAUCAAAAAAGAAAAAAAGUCAACCUGAAAGGUGUUGACAUUUGUAGUGUACUACCGUAUCCAUUUAAACUUGAAUCUUGAGGCAAGUGCUAGGCAAUGGCCAAACAAAUAUCUCCCAUCCGUCGUGGGAAAACCACCACCCUGAAAGCACACGAUGCUUAUGAGAUUUCUGUCAUCUUGGAUUCACAAGUGUUUUCUGAAUAUGAACCACUGCCUCCGCAAAAAAGAAAAAAAAACAAAAAAAAAUGCUGGGACAUGAUGCAAAGACUUUUCUUCAGGCUCUGCUCUAUUUCCACUGAAUUAGACUGACUUUGAAGGCUAAUUGAAUGUUCUUGACAUUUAUAUCCGAAAGAGGCUUAUUCACAGUGGUGCUAAUGGUUUUAAACCAGACAAUGUGCCCUUAUCUCUGAGAGAUACUGGAUACUGUCACAGUGACCACAAAGUUAGUCUCCCGGCCCAUGAAGGGACUCUCGCUAACAUUUGCUAUUUAUAGUUCCGGCCUCGCUUCUUUCAGGAUAGAACGAAGAUCAGUUCAUGUUCACAAAUCUGAACUCUCCAAGGUGACAGAAAUAGCACGAGUUCAACUGUACUGUCGUGUUUUCGGGUGACUUUCCCCCCUUCAGUCCAAACCAUUGCCAUCUCACCCAUGCUCAUUACUAAAUAUAUACAUACAAUUGCAAUAUAUAUAUAUGUGUAUAGAUGAAUAUAUAUUUGCAAUUUACACUCAUUUGAACUUGUCUGAAUAAUAUUAGACUGGAGACCUCAGCUGUAUACAGAAAAUCCCUCACGCAGCUACACCCAGGUUCAUAUAGUGGAUUUGUCAUUAUUAGUGUACCAACACGAGAGUUCAUUCCUGGCGUGUUGUCGAGUUUGAAGCAGACCGCAUGGCCAUGAGGGGAGCCUGGAAGCUCUUCAGACUGCAUGGACGGCAGUGUGAGGCUCUGCUGUGCUUCCAUGUUUCUGCGGGCUGAGCACAGAGCUCUCUUCACUGCUGUCUGCCCAUUCCUAACACUUGCCCCUUUUUUUUUAUGUUAACCGACUUUUUAUGGCGAGAGACAGACAGACUUGACUGACAUCUGAAAGCAUCUUUCAGGUUAUCAUAUGGCUUGCUUAAGCCCUGUUGUAAAAUAUACUAAAAAUAAUAACGCUAAUAAUAAAUGGAUGGGGGUCUCUCACAUAUCAAAUGUGGAAAGUCUAAUUUUAUAUUUGUAUUUUCAAAUAAUAAUAUUGACAAAAAAUGUCUGUGAAAGGUUUCCAUCCUCUACUGUGGUCCAGAAAUUGAUGUGUCUGUCUGGAAAAUAAAUAAAAUAAACUGAAUUGUUAUAUUA